UUAGCCUACCUAGCUAGGCACGCAUCUUGAAUUUCAUUCUUUCUCCAUCAUUGGCCUGCAUCCUAGCUAGCCUAGCUUCUUCCAUCUCUCUCUACACGACUGCAUAUGAAGGAGCAAAGUAAUUGGACGCCGACGACCACAACGAGGCGGAGCGACGACAAACGAAAACUCGACUCGUGGGAGGAUCAGCAAGAUCCCGGAGGAUGCGUUUGGCCUCCGAGAUCUUACUCCUGCAGCUUCUGUGGGAGAGAGUUCAUGUCCGCCCAAGCUCUGGGCGGGCAUAUGAACGUGCACAGGAGAGAGCGAGCGAGACUGAAGCACCAGUCGUCGUCUCGAUCUCCUCUCUCGGACGAUGAAGAAAUCGGCGAGAAGAAGAGGAAGAAGAAGAGUUGUUUGGGGAAUGUGGUAGAAGAGUCGUUGGUGAUGAUGAAGGCCUAUAAUACUAAUAAUCUGAUGAUGUUUGGUUGUAUUAAGAAACCAGCUGGAAAUGAAAAGGUGUGUUUGGUUGAUAGAUUAUUAUGCCAUCGUGUUGGUCGUCGUCAUCCUCUGCAGCAGCCGGAUGGGAUCAUGGAGGAAUUGGAUCUGGAGCUAAGACUUGGCAAUAACCAUUCUCCUAAGACUUCACAGAGACUUAAUGUAUGUGAAGACAGAGUUACAUCAGUGUUGAUGAACACAUCCAACCUUCCAUUAUCUCCCAUNUCCAAUGGACCUCGUAUUCACCAACUGAAAUCUGAGUUUCAAUCUUUGCGUCAAAAGGGACAAACUGUGGUUGUCUACUAUAACCAAUUUGUGACUUUGUGGAACAAGCUAUAUGGAUCUGUUGAUCCAACGUGUGGUUGCCGGUGUGAGGCUGCGGCUUUGAUUCGGGCGCGCGAGGAACAGGAGAAGACUCAUCAUUUUUUGCUCGGGCUUGACGACGAACAGUUCGGCCACAUCUGGUCUCAGAUUAUUGCCACCGAACCUGUUCCGGACAUACACCAGGCUUAUGCACUCAUCGUUCAAGAGGAACGCCACAAGAGCAUUGUCCGUGGCCGAGAUGACCGUACGGAUGCUCUUGCCUUUGCCAUGCAACGUCCUGCUCCUACCAUGGGUCGUGGAGACCCCCCCAAUUACUCGUGCACGCAUUGUGGAAAAGAUGGACAUUCGGUGGACCGGUGUUAUCAAUUGCAUGGUUACCCGCCCGGAAAGGGGCGUGGGGGCCGCGGCACUACAUCGGGCCGUGGGGGUCGCGGCGCAGGCCGAACGCCGUCCGGCGGUAGUAGCGCCCCUGGCCGCGUGGGACUGGCCGAGGGGUAGGAUCGGCGACAGGGGGAGCAAAUGCAACCACCAAUUCCAACGCCCUAGGCCUCACACCUGAUCAGAUGACUCGGUUACUUUCCAUGCUCGACGUCUCUUCUUCCGACAAGGAUACUGGGUCUAAUGG